AUGGCAAUCUACUGUUCAGAAGACAUUUACGUGGGUCUUGGCAGAAAAUUCAUCAACUUCUCAUCACAGAAGAUACUUUGCAUUCAUGACAAAUGCAUUCGUUCCAUUUCUGGAAAUUCAGAUUAUAUCGGAUGCUGCAGCUAUGAUGGAACUGCCACCGUCUUUACAAGAAAUGAAAAGUUAGUGGAUAAGAUAGAAGGCCCUGAUACUGAAAUAAAAGGGAUUGCAUUCUACGAUAACUUCAUAGCCAUAACAACAAGAGGCAAAACUACAUGGAUUUUGGAGGACUUUGAAAUAUCAAAAAUACUGGAAGAUCAUACACAAGACGUCAAGGGAUGCGCGUUCCAUAAUAAAAGACUUUAUACCUGGUCAUAUGACAACACAAUCAAGGUAUAUGAUCUGUUUGAUAUCGAUCACUCCUGGGAACUGUCUCAGUCCAUUGACUUGGAUGAUAUUGUCUGGUCAGUAAUAUUCUUCCAGGAGUAUAUGUGCGCCACCCUCCAAAACGGAUGUAUAGUCGUCAUGGAAAUGAAAGAAUCACUGUGGAUGCCGUAUACGACUGUCAGGGGAUCGCUAACUCCAAUCUAUUGCGGCACUGUCGUUUCUAAGAACGAGUGUAAUUAUCUCUGCGUUGUCUGCAACAGAAACUGUUUGCUAAUAUUGGACUACACAUUUGGCAAAAGUGCUAGAAAUUCCAGACCUAAACGAUGGAUGCGAAAUAUUCUCCUGUGGAGUCUAUUGCAACUCAAUUGUUUUAGGAUCUGA